AAGUGACUGAAUUGCAUGAUUUUUUGUUUUGCAUUGUUUCUCUCUAGUUAUGUGGGGAAGAUCCCAUGGAACCACAGAACAUCACAUGGGUGUCAGAGUUUGUUCUCUUAGGGUUCUCACAGACACAUGAGCUUCAUAAAUUCCUGUUCCUGGUGUUCCUGUUUGUCUACAUCACCACCGUGGUGGAAAACCUCCUCAUCAUGGUCACAGUGAUCUUUGACUCCCGACUCCACACACCCAUGUAUUUUCUGCUUCGAAAUCUGGCUGUCAUAGACCUCUGUUUCUCCUCAGUUACUGCCCCAAAGAUGUUGGUUGACUUCCUUUCUGAGAACAGGACCAUCUCCUACCAGGGCUGCAUGGCUCAGAUCUUCUUCUUCCACCUCUUGGGAGGUGGGACUGUCUUCUUCCUCUCAGUGAUGGCCUAUGACCACUACAUAGCCAUCUCUCGGCCCCUCCACUAUGUCACCAUCAUGAACACUCAGUUUUGUGUGGGGCUAGUGGUGGCUGCCUGGGUGGGAGGCUUUCUUCACUCCAUUGUCCAACUGGGUCUGAUGCUCCCACUCCCUUUCUGUGGCCCCAACGUGCUGGAUAACUUCUUCUGUGAUGUUCCUCAAGUACUGAGACUAGCCUGCACUGACACGUCCCUCCUAGAGUUCCUUAUGAUCUCCAACAGUGGGAUGUUGGUCCUCAUCUGGUUCAUCCUCCUUCUGAUCUCUUACACUAUCAUCCUGUUGAUGCUGAGGUCCCACUCAGGGCAGGAAAGGAGGAAGGCAGCAUCCACCUGCACCACGCAUAUCAUUGUGGUGUCCAUGAUCUUUAUUCCCUGCAUUUACAUCUACUCCCGGCCCUUCACCCCCUUUCCCACGGACAAGGCUGUGUCCAUCAGCUACACGGUCAUGACCCCCAUGCUCAACCCCAUGAUCUACACCCUGAGGAACCAAGAGAUGCAGUCAGCCAUGAAGAGAUUAGGCAGACACUUGGUGAUUUGUCACAGGGACUGAACUUUAAAUAGAUUGAGUUUAAAUGACAAAACUUGUUGAAAUUUUGUUUUCAUGCCUGAAAAAUGCAGGGAAAUCCUCAGAGAAUA